UUUGAACCUUUUAACUCUCUCAAUAGACAUUAUUCCAUUGGAGAGAGAGAGAGAGAGAACGCAUCUUUCUUAGUUCUUUCUUUUCUCUUUGCUUCGAAUUUCUAAAUCCAACAUUCCUCAACGCGUUAUUCUUUCCUCAUCUUCAACACCGACCUCUAAUUCAGUCACCAACUUCUUUAUACUUCUUUCUAUCUUUCACCCACCGAUUCAAAGAGAGGCAAAAACGGAGAAAGGAAGAAGGAUGGACCCAGAGCAACGCCGGAAGAGGAAGCGUGUGGUGGCAGCAAGACACCUUCACAUCUCAUCAAGAUCACUUUUUCUCUGCUUCUCCUUCUUAAUCUUCCUCCUUUUUUUGUCUUCCCACCAUCAUUUUUUCUUCUUCACCCCUUCAACUUUCAGACCCUCUCUCACAGCCUCAACUUUAUCCCUUCUCUACUCAUCCGCAAGCAACUCCAUUCUCGACCCUCUUAUACCCACCACACCCUCCUACACCCUCCAACACCGUAUCCUUUUCCCCGACCACCACCUCCUCAUCCUCACCAACCCCCAACAACAACAACAAAAGCUCCACGAACUAGAGUGCGUCUACUACACGCUCCACCCCAACGCUUCCUCUUCCGGUUCACCUGAACCGGUUCUCGAAGUUCAGGUUCGACCGGUCCUGUCCACGGACCGUUAUGACGAAUCUCGAUCCAUUGUUAGGUGCCCACUUCCCCAAACGAACUCCUCUGCUGGCGGCGGCCCUAAAGCCGUCGACUUGCGACGGCGCGGUGAGGUGGGUCGCCGGAGUUUGGGCAUUUUGAUGAACCAAACGGCUCAAUCUUGGGACAGGGUGGCGUACGAGGCGACCCUCGACGGAGACACCGUGGUGGUGUUCGUGAAAGGACUGAAUCUCCGGCCACACAAGAUCUCGGAUCCAACCCGGAUCCGGUGCCAUUUCGGGCUGAAAAGUUUCCACAAGGACAAUGCCUUUUUACUUACCACGAGAGCUGUUUCUGUGGCUCAAGAAGUUGUGAGGUGUAUGUUGCCGCAGAGCAUAAGGAACAAUCCUGAUAAGGCUCGAGGGAUUCGGGUCACGGUGAGUUAUUUGGGUGGCAAUGUGAGGCACCCGGUUCGUGUUCUUGUGCCUUCUGUGGCAAGGGUUAGUAGCCCUGGUGGUGGUGGUAGAGUUCAGAAGAGGAAUAGAAAGAAGCAUGAGUUGUGUGCGUGUACUAUGGUGUGGAACCAAGCUUCUGCGCUCAGGGAGUGGGUUACGUACCACGCUUGGCUUGGAGUGGAGCGUUGGUUUAUCUAUGAUAACAACAGUGAUGAUGAUAUUGAGAAUGUUGUGCAGGAUCUUGAUCUUCAAGGGUUUAAUGUUAGUAGAAAGUCCUGGCCUUGGAUUAAGACUCAGGAAGCAGGGUUUUCCCACUGUGCUUUAAGGGCUAGAGAGGAGUGUAAAUGGGUGGGGUUCUUUGAUGUUGAUGAGUUCUUCUACUUCCCCAGUGAGUUUCAGCAGCCGCUGGGGGAGGGUGUUCCUGGGGAGAAUUAUCUGAGAUCGGUGGUUGCCAAUUUCUCAUAUUCUAAAUCCAUCGCGGAGAUAAGAACAGCUUGUCAUAGCUUUGGACCUUCUGGGUUGAAGUCGCCCCCGAAACAAGGGGUUACUCUAGGGUACACUUGCCGGCUUCAAAGCCCCGAACGGCACAAAUCCAUUGUGCGGCCGGAUUUGCUUGACAUCAGUCUUCUGAAUGUGGUGCACCAUUUUCAGCUGAGGGUGGGGUUUAGGUACCACAACAUGCCUGAAGGUACUGCUAUAGUAAACCACUACAAGUACCAGGUAUGGGAGACCUUCAAAGCCAAGUUCUUCAGAAGGGUUGCUACCUAUGUGGUGGACUGGCAGGAGGACCAGAACAAAGGGUCGAAGGAUAGAGCACCGGGAUUAGGAACAGAAGCCAUUGAACCUCCUAACUGGCGGCGACAGUUUUGUGAGGUUUGGGAUACUGGCCUGAAGGACUUCCUUGUGUCUUAUUUUGCUGAACCUGCAACCGGGUUAAUGCCCUGGGAAAAGUCUUCUCUAUAAUGGAUACUAAUGAGGAUGCUUACAUAUUGGUAGCUGGUACCCAUGUAAAGCACGAUGAUCACACCUGUUAAGCAUUCAUUCUUUUCAUUUUUUUUUUUUGGGGGGGGGGGGGGGGGGGGGGGGCUUUCUGUUACAGAAAUUUUGUUAUCUUAUUUCUCAAAUGAUUUUAUAGAUAUGAAACAGACUCAUACAGAUGUAAAUUUGCAGCAAUGUGAAUGGAUACUCUAUCAUUUUUUCUAGUUA